AUGGCUCGCACCAAACAAACUGCCCGCAAAUCAACUGGAGGAAAAGCUCCACGUAAACAAUUGGCGACCAAAGCUGCUCGCAAAUCAGCCCCAUCAACCGGCGGAGUUAAAAAACCACACAGAUAUCGUCCAGGAACUGUCGCCCUUCGAGAAAUUCGUCGCUACCAAAAAUCAACUGAAUUGUUGAUCCGCAAACUUCCAUUCCAACGUUUGGUCAGAGAAAUCGCUCAAGAUUUCAAAACCGAUCUUCGUUUCCAAUCUGCUGCUAUUGGAGCUUUGCAAGUAUGUUUAUAAAAUCAGAUCAUUAUUGAUUUUCGAAUCAAAACAUUAUGUUUUCAGGAAGCCUCCGAAUCCUACUUGGUUGGACUUUUCGAAGACACUAACUUGUGUGCAAUCCACGCCAAACGUGUCACAAUCAUGCCAAAAGACAUGCAAUUGGCUCGCAGAAUCCGCGGAGAGCGCUCCUAA